GGGGGGGUGGGGGGGGGCUGAAACCGGGAGGAGCCGUUGCUGAAAGCUAAACUUGUCCAUUUCUGAUGUUUUUAUACUUUAUAUUGGAGUCCGAACCCUGGUUGGCUGCUGUGAGCCUAUGGACUCUGCGGAUAACCUGAAUUAUAAUCACUGUUGGUAUGUGCCAGGCCUCUGUUGGGGGGUGCUGUGGGAGUACUGGGCAAUUUUGGGUGUACGUUCAUUUCUGGACAUACACUUUCAUGUAGAUAACUUGAUUAUUGGAAAAAGAACCGCAGCAGGAAGUUGAGAGACCAACUGUUGCCAAACUUGGGAAAGUUUCGAUACAGGCAGGCUCUGUCGCAAGAGGACCCUUCCAAUCACAGCUGUCCCGCCUCUGACUGAAGCACACGCAUGCUCGCCCCUCCGCCUGUGCCGAAACGCUCCCCGAGUCCGUGAGGCCCGGCUCGGCUCGGCUCGGCUCGGCCCGGCUCGGCCCGAUUUGAGCCACGUUUGCACAGGCACCGCUGGGGUCGGCCAUGACGGGUUCUGAGGGGAUGAUGACGAUGGAGCCGACCGGGGGCCCGGACACGCCGGCGAGCGUCCCGCUCAUCCCCGUCCCCACCCUCACCGUCCUCCCGCCGUCCUCCGACGCCGAGUCCUGCUCCCGCUCCCCCGACCCGCGCCCCCGCCGCUCCCGGGCCCGCAGGGAGAGGGGGAGGGACAGGAAGGGGCGGGACGAGGAGUCCGGGGAGCGAGGGAGGACGCGGGAGCGGGACGAGAGCCGGAGAGGGAGCGGGGGGCAGGGGCGCUCGCCUUCUCCUCUCCUCCUCCUGCCCCCUCCCAGCUCCUGGUCCCGUAGCCCCUCCCCCAUCAGGCGCUCCCGGUGGUCCCUCAAGAGCCUGCUCAGCAGGGAGUCCACAGACUGUGACAGCUGCAGUACUGCCAGCAACUCUCCGCGCAGCACCCCGGGCAGCUCCCCCUCCGUGCGCCGCCGUGUCCUGGGGGGGGGGCGGGCCAGCGAGGGGGAGGGGGGCGGGUCCGACAGCCCCCUGCCGCCCACCACGCCGUCCUCCUCGUCCUCCUCCUACCCCCUCGGCCCGCGGAACUUCGCCCGCAAUGCCAAGAAGAUGCAGAGCUGGUACAACGUGCUCAGCCCCACGUACAAGCAGAGGAACGAGGACUUCCGGAAGCUCUUCAAGAAGCUGCCGGACUCGGAGAGGCUCAUUGUGGACUACUCCUGUGCGCUUCAGAAGGACAUCCUGCUGCAGGGUCGGCUCUACCUGUCCGAAAACUGGCUCUGUUUCUACAGCAACAUUUUCCGCUGGGAGACCACAAUCACCAUUCUGCUGAAGGACGUGACCACGCUCACCAAGGAGAAGACGGCCAAACUCAUCCCCAACGCCAUCCAGAUCAGCACUGACCACGACAAGCACUUCUUCACGUCGUUCGGAGCGAGGGAUCGGAGCUACAUGAUGAUUUUCAGGCUGUGGCAGAACGCUUUGAUGGACAAGCCCCUCACCCCCAAAGAGCUGUGGCACAUUGUGCACCAGUGCUACGGCACAGAGCUGGGGCUCACCAGCGAGGACGACGACUACGUCUCCCCCACUGCUGAGCACGUCAACGGCCUACUGUCGGGGGAGGAGCCUGUGUCCAUGUCGGAGCUGCUGGAGCUCAGCUCUGUGGGCGUGUCCUGCUCCCCCCCCUCCUCCUCCUCCCCCAUCCUGUGCGCCGGCUCGUCCCCCCCCUCCAGCGCCUCGGUGGACGUGCCCUCGCCCCGCCCCGGCCCCGAGCCCGAGCCCAGCCCUCCCAGCUCCCAGAGCUCCCUGCCCUCCACCACCCCCUCCACCCAGACCGGGGGCAUCUCUGCAAACCUGGAGGAGGGCGGCGAGAGCCAGUCAGAGUCAGCCAAUCACGCGCCUCCCCUAGUGCCCCACAGCCUGGGAAACCUCUCCUCAUUGGACAUCACCAACGACGAGGAGCUCCCCACCGACCCCAGCAACUCCUCGGACACUCAGGAAGAGAGUGAGGUGGAGUCCUUCUGCGGGGACCUGAGUGGGCGGCUGCACAUAAACAUGGUGGUGCGGAUGGGCGUGGACAAGCUGCACGACCUGCUCUUCUCCGCCGACACACACUUCAUACAGCACCUCUUCUCCCAGAGGCAUUUCACUGAUCUGAACGUGCGUGACUGGCAGCAGGACAGUGUUAGUGGAAACACCAGCAGAGUGCUCAGCUACACCAUCGCCAUAAACAACCCCCUGGGCCCCAAAACCGCGCCCGUGGUGGAGACGCAGACCCUAAACAAGAGCAGCGCACGGGGCGAGUGCUACGUGGUGGACUCUGAGGUCAUCACCUCCGGCAUCCCGUACCAGGACUACUUCUACACCGUCCACCGGUACUGCCUCACCGCCGUCAACCGCCACAAGAGCCGGCUCAGGGUGUCCUCGGACAUCUGCUACCGGAAGCAGCCGUGGAGCCUGGUGAAGGCCCUGAUAGAGAAGAACACCUGGAGCGGCAUCGAGGAGUACUACAGGCACAUGGAAAUGGAGGUGUGCAAGCUGGAGACCCUGCUGCAGUCGGAGGUGUCGGUGGUGGGGGCGGGAGAGGGGGGCGCAGCCGACGCAGCCAAGACCCCGCCCGGCCUGCGCAGACGCAAACGCAACUGCUCCCGGCGGGGGGGAGAGAGAGAGAGGGAGGGAGGGGUCGGCGCGGGCGAGCGGGGCGGAGGAGGCCCCGGGGAGGACAGAGAGAGGAGGGAGGCGGGGGCUCAGUACCUGAAGCUGGGAGAUCGAUCCCGGGGGGGCGGCGGCAUCUCCACCAUCCUGCUCAUCGUCAGCUUCAUGUACUGUAUCUCCUGUGUUCGUUGCUGUAGCGUAAAUGCUGUCUCUACACUUGGCUCUGAGCGAGCAGCACACACCCUGGAGACGUGGCACUCCUACUCCCUCUCAGACAGCCCCCUGCCCCAGACGGCUGGCGAGUGGGCCCAGGUCCUGCAGCUGCAGAGGCAGUUCCACCAGGCCCAGCUCAACAAGUGGCAGCAGAUACUGCAGUCCUCCGUCGCCCUGCUGGACCAGAUGAAGCAGUCCCUAGAGAAGCUCCACAGAGGGAUCAUCAUCACUCCAGAGGUACAGCGGGAGCCCCCCUCCGAGGACCCCGCAGAAACCCCCACUCAGCACUGACCCCCCACCCCGCCCCGUCCACCUCAGCCCCCCUUCAUCCCUCAGCCACCCCACCCCCCACCCCCAGGGCCCCCGUCAAGUGGACGUGGGUAAUAAUGGAACUUAUAAUGGAAGGGAGGAGCGCACAGGAACGCUGGGACAGUGUGAUUCACCCCCCGGAGUCCAGCUCAGACUGUAACCUGUGCCUACCACUCCCACCCCCCCAUCCCUGCUGCAGAUGACCGAACCAGUGCCGCCCACCCCCCCCCCCCCCCCCCGAACCAGAAAUACCCCGGGCGCCACUGCCACCACCGCCUGGUGUCCAAACCGUUUCUGGGCCACAGUCAGCGUUCCAGUCCUUACAGCAUGGGGAUUGGGCAGAGGCGCUGCUUUAUGCCCCUCCCGCUGAUGGGGAUUGGGCAGAGGCGCUGCUUUAUGCCCCUCCCACUGAUGGGGAUUGGGCAGAGGCGCUGCUUAAUGCUCCUCCCACUGAUGGGGAUUGGGCAGAGGCGCUGGCCUACGCCCCUCCCGCUGAUGGGGAUUGGGCAGAGGCGCUGGCCUAUGCCCCUCCCGCUGAUGGGGAUUGGGCAGAGGCGCUGGCCUACGCCCCUCCCGCUGAUGGGGAUUGGGCAGAGGCGCUGGUCUACGCCCCUCCCGCUGAUGGGGAUUGGGCAGAGGCGCUGGCCUAUGCCCCUCCCGCUGAUGGGGAUUGGGCAGAGGUGCUGCUUUAUGCCCUUCCCACUGAUGGGGAUUGGGCAGAGGAGCUGCUUUAUGCCCCGCCCACUGAUGGGGAUUGGGCAGAGGCGCUGGCCUACGCCCUCCCGCUGAUGGGAAUUGGGCAGAGGCACUGGUCUACGCCCUCCCACUGAUGGGGAUUGGGCAAGAUACUGGUCUACGCCCCUCCCGCUGAUGGGGAUUGGGCAGAGGCGCUGGCCUACGCCCCUCCCGCUGAUGGGGAUUGGGCAGAGGCGCUGGCCUACGCCCCUCCCGCUGAUGGGGAUUGGGCAGAGGCGCUGGCCUACGCCCCUCCCGCUGAUGGGGAUUGGGCAGAGGCGCUGCUCUACGUCCCCCCCUGCUGGUGACCUGAGAGUAUUUGGGGAAGGACAGCUGCUGCUCCCAUUCCGAAACAUUUCAGAACUGCUCUAAACGGUCAGAUCCAAACUGCCACCCGCCGAGGACACGCCCUGCCGAAGUUCAGCAGCGCGGCGAACGAGGGAGCCGAAGUAGAGGGGCAUUCUGGGAGACUGGACACGGACCCGCCAGUCAUUUCCCUCCUCGCUUCCCCUCGUCUCCUGCGGACUCCGCCCGUCUGACCCGGAAGGAAGUGCGUCCGCUCGGCCCCUCCCCCGACGGGGGGAAAAAAAGAAUCAUUUCACAAGACUUUUCUGCAAGGAAAAGCCAACACACUCCUUCAGUUUUUUUUUGCUUUCUCUUUCGGUUGUCCGGCUCCAGUGUGAGUGACGGGUCGACGUUUGGCGAGGCCGAGUGUGUGUGUGUGUGUGUGUGUGUGUGUGUGUGCGUGUGCGUGUGUGUGUGUGCACGUUCAGCCGUGACAGUAUUUAUUAUCAGACUGGGGGGGUUUCUCCUCGGUCUCGCUCUUAGUCCAGAGUCCUCUCUUAUGUUCUGUGUUCUUUUUUCACGCAUGGACCAAGGAAGGGGAGCAGAACGGUAGACAUGUUACAACGAUUCUAGCAAUAAUGAUAAUAGAAUUUUUGUGUAAUUAAAAAAAACAGUUUGUGUGUAGAAAGAAGAGGAAGUUGAGAAGUGUACCUGUUGUGGUGCGAGACGUGAGUGUGCUGGAAUGAGACCCCCGCCCCACUGCCCCCCCACCUCCCCCCCGCCAUUUUGUUAUUAUCGUUGGUCUUGUUUGUGUUGUUCGUCUGCCUGAGCCUUUGGUCCGCACCGGCCCAAAAAGCUCCACGUGCGUUUGGUUCCGAGGGGCACGAGACCUCGUUUCCGGACCCUUUCUGUGCCACCCUGCACCAUCGUGAUCCAGACUGAACCGCUGCGGUCCAGAUUGAACCGGUGCGGUCCAGACUGAACCGCCGCGGUCCAGAUUGAACCAGUGUGAUCCAGAUUGAACCGCUGCGGUCCAGAUUGAACCAGUGUGAUCCAGAUUGAACCGGUGCGGUCCAGAUUGAACCGGUGUGAUCCAGAUUGAACCAGUGUGAUCCAGAUUGAACCGCUGCGGUCCAGAUUGAACCGGUGCGGUCCAGAUUGAACCGGUGCGGUCCAGAUUGAACCGGUGCGAUCAUUAACGAUUGUAUUAAUGGACUCGACUUGAACAUGAUCGGGGUUCCUGUGGACUCGACCAGACAGAAUCACAGAUUCAGUUCGUCUCUCAGUUCACUGGGCUGGACUUUAAGGACCAACCGAAACUUUUUUUUUUUUUUAAGGCCCGGAUGAAGAAAAGGGAAAUUGGCAGUAUUGUGUUCAGUUUGUUUGGUCUGUAUUCACAUUUUCAAACUUUUUUUUAUUGUAUUUUUAGCCUCAUAACAUUCUCUGUUAACUUUUAUUUACUGUCUUUUGUCUUUAUCAUUCACUUACUCAUUCACUCAUACAUAUACACACACACACACACACACACACACACACACACACACACACAUACAUACACUAAUGCACAUACGCACGCACGCGCACACACACACACCACUCCUGCUCUCGUUCUCUCUCUCUCUCUGGUCAUCCUUCUCUUUUCUGUCACUCUUUCAUCGGCCCCUCCCCCUCUCCUGUGCCCUGAGGAUCAUGCGUGUGAGUGUGUGUGGGGGGCCUUGCUGGGCGUGGCCCCGCACGCAAGUGAUCAAAGCCAUAUUUAUUUUGGGGAGGGAGGGAGGAACGGGGCAAACGUACUGUACUGUAAAGGUCUGGUUGUUCAAGAUACUGUGUGAAGAAUUAAGUCUAAAAUAUGCAACAGAA